AUGAUCGCCUCGUCGAGUCCGCCGCCCGAGGAGAACGUCGACUUGGACCGCUCGUCCCGGCCUGCCAGUAUCAAGAGCAACUCGAGCCGGCCGGCGUCGCGCAAGGACUCGUCGCCCGCGUCUCCGGAGCGGGCGCCGAGCGAGAAGACCGUGGAGCUCAUUGAGAGACGGCCUGAAGUCCCGUAAGUGUCAAGUGGUUGGUGUUUCAAUUGCCCCUUGCAACUUGCCUUUUGGACAGACAUCACUAUCUAUUUCCCAACCUAUUCUUCUAACCUUUUAUACCUUUUAUACCAACCUAUUAUACAGUCAAAUUAGCACUUCCUAAACCCUAUGGAACGCCAUUCGACUGUUUAUUUACAACCUAACAGCCUUUUCCUUACUUUGUCUUUCGUUACAAUCACUUCUCCGUCGCUGAAUUAAACUCAAAUUAAUUGGGCAUCUAUUGCUGCGGUUUUGUUUACUUUGCUCUAGUAUACAUGUUAACCCGACUGAUUUAAACAGUUUUUGCGAAUUUAGACCCGCAAAUGGAAGGAACCCGGUUUGGCUUUCCAUUCGAUGAAUUCCUUCCGCCGUUAGAAUAUAGUUUUUUGAUUCUUGAGACCUUAGUCUACGUGUUUUACAAGCUAUUUGCCUCUUCUGACGCUAGAUUUACCCUCUUCCAAACUUCUAAACCACUCAGAUCACCUUGAAUACAAUCCGUAUCCAUUUCCUAUACAAAACUAAAAAAAUAAUUUUAGUUAUUUCCGGAUUCUUUUUAGCUGUUCCAAAACCUUUUCGUUCCGAAUGUUGCUGCAGGUCGAACUCCUUUGAUCGGGGCUUCUUAACGCGUAUUGCAAAGUUUUUUCGGGCUCUUAUGGCCAGUACAACAGCAAAACACUCAGCCGCGAUGACCGCCUGCUUCUGACGAAAAAAACUGUUCAAGUUUUUCGUGUCCGAUUUUUGUUUCGGGCUUCUGUGAGAAUUCCAGUCUGUGGAUUUGUGCUAAAAACUCUCGCUAAUUCUAAUAAUUCCAAGGAUAACUAAAACAAUUAUCCCAACUUCUAUAUUGUCGAUUCAAAAUUCGAAAUGAAUCUAAAGAAGUCUCGUAUAUUCAGUCCAAAUUCCAAUGAGGGUCAAACCUCUGGAAAUGUAGCUAAACCGCCUUCCAAUUCUAAUGUCGUAGCCAAGUCAAAGAAGUCGUCGGUUCACAACCCGGCCUUCUCCUUCUCUGAGAUCGACUCUCCUCUUCAGAAUCCCGAUUAUCUCUUUGAUUACAGCAGCGUGCAGCCAGUGGUCGGUGCCGAGAAGAAGGUGGAAAGUUCAAAGCAGGGAACAAAGAAGGCCACGGUACAAUCCAAGCCCAGCAGCAAGGUCUCGCCGUUGACAACCAUGCAGAAGAAGCUCAAUUUUAUCCCAAAGAACCAACGCGGUUCGCUGAACACGCAGUUCUUCGCUACCGUUCCUGGAGUUCUGAAGAUCGCCGAAGUCGUAAGUUCGCUUUUCUAAUACAGUGGGGGACCUAAUCAAGUGGCAAAAAACGUAGCAUUUUGCAUCCGGGAAGUAUCAAAAAUGUGGCAAAAUGCUUCCGUCCCCAAGUGAAAAAACUUCGUUUUUAAGGGCCCUCACAAAAAGAGCGGGCGCGCUUUUGAAAUCGGAGUUUUUUUUACUUGGAGAGGGAGGUAUUUUGCCACAUUUUUUGACACUUCCUGGAUGCAAAAUGGUACGUUUUUUGCCACCGGAUCAGGUCCUCUCACCGUAAUUCGGAACCACGAAACAGUAUAAAAGAAGGAUUACGUUUUUUCUGCUAUAUUUCUGGCAACCUUCCAGUCAAAAAAAUCUGUUGAAAGUUAUCAGAAUGAGCUAUAGUUUAACCUUAAUUUAAAACCCUCAACCCAAUCCCUUUCAGGUUCUCGGAUUCGUUGCCUUCGUUCUGGCCAUUUGCGCUGAUCGCAACUCGACCAGCUCCGCUUGGACCGAGCACAUCACCUUCGAAUCCACCAUAAUCGCCGGCGUUUUACUUUUGGGUUACAUUAUCUUCCCGCAUCUCACCAUCGAUGAUGAGAAGAACAAUAACGGCUUGGUUGUUAUGGUAAGUCUCAUUGCAAGUUUUGCCUUUUCAGCAGUAUAAAGAAGCUCCUUUCAAAAUUGUCAUAAAUCAAUUUUACGAUUGAUUUUUUCAGGAACUAAUCUUUUAUGCGGUCAACACUGUAGCCUACUUCAUUUCUGUCUGGUUGAUGGUGCAUUUGUCGGCCAGUUGGAGGGCUGACGGCCGAGGAGCCGCUAUUAUGGGGGCCGUAAGUCCAUUUUAACUUUAUUUUGUCAUCUCUACGCGGAACAUCUUACAAAAACGACAAAAUUUCUAUGUAAAACUUGUGAUGAACCUCAAAUUUCUCCUAUAUUUUCGCGAUCAUGAUAUCAUAAAUCACAAUGUUGCAGAUUCUAAACGUUGCCUUGACCGUUCUCUUCGGAAUUGAGACCUUUAUCAAGUACAAGACCUGGAAGGGAGAGCAAGUUCUUCAGAAGCCCGCUGACAAGAACCAUUAUCCCACCAACACCUCGUUGUCGCCCGACCCGGAAAUCGUCUAA